AUGAAUGAAAAUUUAACGUUGAGCUUAUUGGAAGAAGUUUUCAAUGAAGUUGAAACGACGACGACUGACGAUAAGGAUGGGAAAAAAGUCACGAAAGGUUUUUUAGAAGAUGUCGCAGAAUCCGAAAGGAAUUUGAUAUCGGGCGGCAAGAAAACAAAUGGGAAAAGUUUUGGGGAAAUUCAAACGGAAACGGAAACGGUUGAAAACAAAUUGACAAAGGAUGGAAGUGGUAGCCUCGUGCACGAUGUCGUCGUGUCAUUAGACAAUCGUAACAUAACUCGUUGA